AUGGCGGGCACCCGGAAUGCGUCUGUCAUUGGACAAAUCCGGGCGGGCCCGGCCAGCCCACCGGAGUCAGAGGACAGGAUACAGCAGCAAAGUUCUACGUCGGCGGCGCAGGACCCGAAACCACUCCGGCAACGCGCGAACAGGCGGGAUGCGGGCGAGGACUCGUCUGUCGCCAAUCAUGCCAAGAAAGUAGGACCCGAAAACGAUGAUUCCGGGAAUGAGGUCAACCUAGAGACUGGACGGUGGCUGAACGGCGCAACCAAAGCAACUGCAGUCUCAAACAUACCCUCAAGUCAGGAACACGAUUCAACGCGAUUUCUUGGUCAUGGGGACGACAGACGUGCAAACACUGGGCUCGAAGAGGAACCAGCUAUUGACUGGUGGCAGCUUUUGAACCCUUGGACGUACGUCAAGGCCACGGCCUGGAUGGUCGAGGCCACCGGGCAGCGGCUCGUGGACUUGUACAGCUCGGUCGUUUCCGCCAGUCUGCGGCGGCACAUACUGUCAGCUACGCAGAUCCUUCCUCGCAUCGUUGCCGGCGUACUCACCUUGGUCUUGGUACUGGCUUUGCUGAGCGCGGGAAUGGCCAGGUUCAAAGCCGAUGCUGUCGACGACCUCUGGUCGCCCGUGGCGAGAGGCACCCCGUGGUACUCACUAGGAGGCGUCGCGAGGAAAAUAAGAAGCUCACUACCCACGCUCUCGUGGUCGUCUCGCAAUCGCUGGGACGACAUCGUGGCUUCCUGGGAGACGGAUGACCCUCGCCACUCGGACAUCGAUGACUACCUUCAAAAGAUAGAGCAGGCAUUUCGUUUGCUUACCGAGGCCGGCAGACUCCACGACGCGUCUCUGGAGAAGCUAGAAGCUGUUGUGCCCAAAGUCGUGCAUAUGCAGCUCAAGGAUGGCAAGCCCGUGGUUGCUCCGGAAUUCUGGCAUGCCCUGCGUGAUCUGAUCCACGAGGACGGAUCAUUCUUGACUUUCAACAGGAAAGGUGGUGACUACGAGAUGAGCUCGGAGCGGCAGUGGAAAGCCAUUGCGAUGCGCCUGGUCGGAGACGCGGCGUUUACGAACAAGCUCAACAUUAGCAUAGGCAAAGUCGAAAGCAAGUUGGUCGACCGGUUGACGCUCUGGGAAACGUGGGUCAGGGAAAACGACGCCAAGGUCAAGCAGAGCCUCGGGUCUGCUCUGGACCAGAUCAAGUCUGCGGGGUCGCAGCGCGAAUGGGACGAGCGCCUCGGCAAGACGGUCAAGGAGCAAAUCAAAGAGUACGAGCACCAAGGCCGCUUUGUCGGGCGCGACGAAUACCUGCGGCUCGUGCAGAGCGAAGUCUCCAGCCACCUCUCCGAGUUCCGGGCAGAGCUUGCCGAGCUCCAACCGCAGCUCGAAAAGUUGGUGCGCGAGUCCAUCGACCUGGCCAAGGGAGACACCCCUCCCGGCAUGAGCGGCGCUGAAGUCACGGCGCUGGUCAACGGGCUACUGCGCAAGGCCUUUGCCGACAUCAACCUCGAGGCCCUGGCCAGGGGCAAGAUCCACGCCCACUGGGACACGGAGCUGCGCAACCAGGUCAACUACUUUUCGCCCGCGGCCGGGGCCACCGUUGACGCGAAGCACUCCUCGGCCACGUACGACCCCUUCUCCAAAACCUACUCGACGCUCAAGGCCCAUAGAAAGGGCCUGCGCGCCCGGAACCCGCACAUUGCCGCCCUGCAGCCGUGGCACGACGACGGCGACUGCUGGUGCGCGGCGCGCUCGUGCAACCACCGCGGCAACCCGCACGGCGCCUCGCUCGCCGUGCAGCUGGCUUACCGUGUGGUGCCGCAGCACCUCGUCGUCGAGCACAUCUUGCCGGGGGCGACGACGGAGCCGGGCGCCCGGCCGCGCGAGAUUGAGCUCUACGCCGCCAUCGACGACGCCGUGGUGCGCGAGCGCGUGCGUGACUUUGCGGCGGCGCACCUGCCUACGUCGGCCGACGGCGAGGACAGCGUCGACGGAUGGAACUACAAGCCCGCCGACCUGCCGGAGCGCUUCGUCAUGGUCGGCCGCUUCGUCUACGCCGGCGCCGAGCUGCAUGGCGGCGUGCACGUGCACCGUCUCAGCAGCGAGCUGGUGGCGCUGGGGGCCGACACGGAUCACGUCGUGGUGCGGGCCGUAAGCAACCACGGCGCCGUCAACCACACGUGCUUUUACCGCGUCCGGCUCUACGGGCACAAUGUCGAGCUGGGCGACGGCGACGAUGAGCUCGCCGGAGGGGAAGGGGGCUGGCAGUGA